GACGUUGCUCGCCUAUCGCAGUACGCAUGCGCGGACUGAACCCGACGUCACGGAGGGAGCAGGCAGGAGCCGCUCGGGGAAGAGUUCGGGACCUGUCGUAUUUUUUUCCCUCACGCAACAAAAAUAAAUUUUUCCGUUCCUGUUCACGAUGUCGGGACUUGACAGCAACCCGUUCGCUGACCCGGUGGACGUGAACCCCUUCCAGGAUGCAUCAGUCACACAAGCCAUCAGCGGGGUCAAUGAAAGCACCGGAGAGUAUAACCCGUUCACCGCAAAUCAAAUGGGAAAGUACACUGGAACAACCAUCCCAGUCUCUAAAACCUCCUCAUCCCAACCUGCUGUACUUCCGACUUCUGUGGAGCAAAGUCCACAAGCUACGGCAGCAGCUGCUCAGGCCAACCUGGUCAAGCAGCAGGAGGAGCUGGAGAGGAAAGCCGCAGAGCUGGAGCGAAAGGAGCAGGAGCUGCAGAACAGGAGCAACAGAGACCCAGGAGCUAAAGAAAACAACUGGCCGCCUCUUCCAAGGUUCUUUCCCAUAAAGCCAUGCUUCUAUCAGAACUUUGAGGAGGAUAUCUCAGAGGAGUACCGCAGAAUCUGCAAGAGAAUGUACUACCUCUGGAUGUUCCACAGCGCCACCCUGUUCCUCAACAUCCUGGCUUGCCUGGCUUACUUCACCGCUGAUGCUGCUAAAGGUGUGGACUUCGGUCUGUCCAUCCUGUGGUUCAUCCUCUUCACCCCCGUGUCUUUCGUCUGCUGGUACAGGCCGGUCUACAAAGCCUUCAGGUCUGACAGCUCCUUCAGCUUCUUUUUCUUCUUUUUUGUUUUCUUCUUCCAAGUGGCAGUGUACAUUAUCCAAUCAGUGGGCAUUCCCUCAUGGGGAAACAGUGGAUGGAUCUCAUCAAUUAGCAUGAUUCGUACAAACUUGGCAGUUGCCGUGGUUAUGAUGGUAGUGGCUGGUUUUUUCACCGUCAACGCUGUUUUGGGUGUCAUCCUGCUGAAAAUGGUCCACUCCAAGUACAGAAAUACAGGCGCGAGCUUCUCCAAGGCUCAGCAGGAGUUUUCCCAGGGAGUCCUGACCAACCGCACCUUCCAGAGCGCCGCUGCUAGCGCCGCCACCUCUGCUGCCCAGGGCGCCUUCAGCGGUAACCAAGGGAAUUAAACUGCUUCAGAAAAAUACCUGGAGCACUCAGGCUAGUGUUUUCUAACCAAGAAGCCAUGACUUAAUGUCACGGUUAGUCAUUUGGAACAGACCUUUGAUAAUUUUACAGAAAUUUGCCAAAAGAACAAUGAGAAACUCACAAAACGGCGUGGAUAAAUUCUGUGUCUCAAACACAGCUAAAACAAGAAUGUCGAUGCAAGCAGUGCCUUGAACAUGGCCUGGUAGUUUUGACAUUUGAGACUGCCUUUUAUUUGUGUGCAAUAUGUUUGAAUGUGCAACCAAUUUCUUUGGUUUAAAACAAAUUAGCUGAGCCAAAAUGAGGCCUUAAGAACAAAUCUGAUAUUAGUAAUGAGUUGAGCUUCACAAUAUAAGUAUGCAGAACUUAUAAAGCAGGCCAACCAUCAUUCUGAUCUGAGCAUUUGUACUUAUAGAAACUAUGCACCAAGUUUUUUUUUGUUGUUAUAAAUUUUCUGUUACCGUUUUUCUGCUCUCUAAAUUUGGUGGGGUUUUUUUGUUGUUUUUUUGUUCAUAUGACAUGUACGCUGAUGACUAAUGAAGGUGAUGGGAUGAAGGUUUGUCUUUGUUCGCUUUUAAUUGGUUUGCUGAGUUUUGAUGCAACGUGUCUAAAAGGGUAAAUGAAGAUAUGAUUUUUGAGGGGGCUGCUAAGUUUUUAUUUAAUAUUUACUUGUGAAGGAAACAUCUGUUUUCAGUCAUAACUAAGCCUUCCUGUAAUUACAAAGUAAUGCAUUCAGGUUUGGUGCAAAAUUACUGAUGAAUACUAGAUGGUCUUGCAUUAGUGAGCUGAAAAAAAAAAACAGAAUACUUACAGGGCACAUAGUAAAUAUUAGCUAGUUACUUCAUGGUUAUUAGGAUUUAUAAGACUUGGCAUGCAAUUGUAUGUAAAAGUCAUGACUUCUAUAUUUAUGUAUCAUGUUUGUGUCUUUUUAACUAGUUUAAAAACUUUUUAAUAUGAUUGUAUGUCUGUGGAAAGAUUGUGUUGUAGUUUCCUGUUAUGAUCAAAAUGUGUUGUACAUAUGUUUAUUUAAACUACAUUUACUGGAUGGGCAUGUGUUGGAAAAUAGUUGUGCUUGAAUAAGCAAUAAACAUUGAUUUAAACUAA